AUGCUGGCCCCGGCGCCAUACCAGGUGCCGGUGAAAGAGGACAAUGAGGAGAGCAGGAAGGCCAAAGGCAACCUCCAUUCCGAAGGUACACCAAACACCAUGUCCCGGGAGAUUAAGGCUCCCUCUUCCGAAGACAAAAGAGAAGGAGAAGCUGACAUCCUUUCUCCCCAUGGUAAGAAAAGGGCCGCCUCCGAAGUUUGGGAGGUGAUGGAUCCUAAGCGAGAGGUUGCAGGUCUGAAGCAAAAACUUGAUGUGGCAGAUGGCGACAUCACGCUUAUUAACAGGCGACUCGACGAGGCGCAAGAUAGUGCUGCCGCGGUGGAGACCCUUCGGGCUGAACUUGCCCGAGCCAAGGAGCAAGCCCGGAUGAGUAAUGUGGCUGUCAAGAAGGCAGUUGAUGAGUUAAAAGCUGGACAGGCUGCUCAUCGCCAAUGUGAGGAGAGAAUGUCUACUAUGGCGUGCAAGCUAAAGGAAGCCACUGUCCGGUGCGAAUUCCUCGAGAGGGAUAACAAAGCCAAAGCGGCCGAUCUCGACAAGGCCUUACAAGAGGCGAGAGAAGCACGAUCUGAGUCUAGAGCAGCUCAGGAAGAGAUCCGGCAAGCUGGGGAGAUAGCGGCCGUGGAAGCUUUCAUGAGCCUGCUAACAAGCUUCGAGGCUGUUACCUCCAUGACGACUGCCCACGCUACAGAGGUUGCAGGUCUGAAGCAAAAACUUGAUGUGGCGGAUGACGACAUCACGCUUAUUAACAGGCGACUCGACGAGGCGCAAGAUAGUGCUGCCGCGGUGGAGACCCUUCGGGCUGAACUUGCCCGAGCCAAGGAGCAAGCCCGGAUGAGUAAUGUGGCUGUCAAGAAGGCAGCUGAUGAGUUAAAAGCCGGACAGGCUGCUCAUCGCCAAUGUGAGGAGAGAAUGUCUACUAUGGCGUGCGAGCUAAACGAAGGCACUGUCCGGUGCGAAUUCCUCGAGAGGGAUAACAAAGCCAAAGUGGCCGAUCUCGACAAGGCCUUACAAGAGGCGAGAGAAGCAUGA